AACACUCGUUUAUUAUUUUAGUAAAUUCCGAUUAAACAUUGUAGCGUGUGUUUGUAUCGAAAUUAUUACUAUUUUGUCCACUACGGUAUCACCGGUUUUGUUUUUCGUUUUAUUUUAUCUUGUCGGACUCGUGAGUAUACUAAAUCUGGUGAUUCAGAUAAGUUCUUAGACCGCGGUUUAAUAUACAGGGUGCCUCGAAUUGUAAGGAUCAAAGUUGAACUUUAAUUUAGUCUCGAGUUCAGUGACUGAAAGGAAGAAGACUAUUCCUACCUCAUUUCUAAAGGUGUUUGUUCCAUACAAGACAUAUUUCGGAAAAAAAUAUAUAAUUUGGACGGAAGUUAUAGAAUGCGAUCAUUGGAAAUGACAGCGCCGUGGCAAGACGAAGAGGAAGACGUAGAGGUGGAGGAGAUGGAGUUGGGCAAGCACAAUCUGGAUGGAAGAGCUGAUGAUCUCACCGAAUCGAGUAGUGACGAAACGUCGGGUAAAAAAAGGCGAAAACAUGGAGGAAGUGCCUCAAGUGGAAGUGCCUCCAGCACGACAGCCACUUACAGACGGCGGAAAACCUGCAUAAGUGCGAGAGAGAGAAACCUACGAAGACUGGAAAGCAACGAGAGAGAAAGAAUGAGAAUGCAUUCGCUAAACGAUGCGUUCGAGCAACUCAGAGAAGUUAUCCCACACAUAAAAAUGGAGAGGAAGUUAUCCAAAAUAGAAACCCUCACGUUAGCAAAAAAUUACAUAAUGGCACUAACGAAUGUCAUAUGCGAGAUGAGAGGUGAAGAAAAACACUACACAUUCCAAGAUGCGGAAAGCGAUAGCAACAUAGAAGUAGAAUCGACAGAAGAGGCCAACAACAACAGUAUGUACCAACAAAAUUUAGAGACUUUUCCAGAAAACCGUGUAGUGAAUUAGUUAAAAUGACGCUAGACGAAGAAAUCUGAAGACGGGCCUAACUUCAGAACUUACGAGCCUAUACGUGUAUGUAUAUUAUACAAACGGUUAACUAUUUUUUUCUUAGUUAACUCGAUAUACUUAACUAAUUUUACGAAAGAAGUUCUUGAUCGAGAGUGAGACUUCUAAGGAAAUGUACGCCUAUUUGUAGGCUCUGCGAUGUUGUUUUGUUUUUGGUUGUGACUCUGCGCCUAUUAAAUGUACUAAGAUUAAAGAUUUAUACGUGUCAAAAUGUAGAAAUAUAUGUAUUUUUUUAUUUUUUCGGGGAUAGUCUACGUGUAUCUAUCCUAAGACAUUCCAAAAUUGUAUUUUUUUCAGCUCGAGCAAUCCUGCUGGCAUGACUUAAUUAACUAUUCAGUACAUGCAUAAUAAAGUGGUUGUAGAGAAUGAGUUGUUAUAUGUAUAAAAAACGCACAAAUAAAAAUAUAAUGAUAAGAAAAGAUAUU